AUGGCGUUAAAUAUUAUGGAUAGGAUUAUGAAUUUAGAAGUCCCAGAGAGUGGAAACCACUCCAUAAAUAUUAUAUUAGGUGUUGUUAAUAUAUUUUUUUUUGGAAUUGGUAUGAUAAUAUUAGGAAUUAUAAAUAAAGACAUAGAUGAUCUAAUAAUUGGAAUCUUACAAUUACUUGUUCCUUUGAUAGGAUGGAUAUGGGCAGUUUUUUGGGGCAUCCUUAUAGUUAUUAAAAAUUCUAAAUGA